AUGGGCGCCUUCUCGAUGACGCCCUCGAGGGCGUACAACUGGUACAUAUCGUUGGUGGCUGCGUCGUGCAUGGUGCUCUACGGUUAUGAUGCAUCGGUUUACAAUGCUGUACAGGGCUCGAAGCACUGGGAUGCCUACUUCGGCAACCCCAGCACAGAGAUUGUCGGCGCCGUGAACACAGCGUACACUGUCGGUGCCAUCGUCGCAGGCUUCUUCUUUGGUGGACCAGUUGCAGAUUACUUUGGUCGCCGAGUUGGCAUGGCCUCUGGCGCAUUCUGCGUCGUGGUGGCUACUUUCAUGCAAACCUUCUCUCCGAGAGGCAACAUUGGCUGCUUCAUCGCCGGCCGAGUACUCAUUGGUAUUGGCCAAGGCCUUGCUCUCACGGCUGGUUCCAUUUAUAUUGGCGAGAUGGCACCUAUGGAGAUCAGAGGUACCAUCAUGUCUUUCUGGCAAAUGUUCUAUUCCGUCGGCUCUUUCAUAGCCUACUGGAUCAAUUACGCUUGCACGAAACAUAAGGCUUCUCUGGGCGAGUGGGACUGGAAGAUGGUGGUCAUAUUCCAGAUGAUGAUACCUAUCCUGAUCGUCGCCCAGGUGUGGUUCAUCCCCGAGUCUCCAAGAUGGCAUGUCAAAUGCGGAAAGUACAACUCCGCUCGCGCGUCCCUGAGCCGGGUCCGAGCUACUGAGCAGGAUGUGGAAGAUGAGCUUCUCAUGAUCACCGAAGCCUUGCAGUUCGAGAAAGAAGCGAUUUCUUCGUCAUACUCGGCGCUCUGGAAAGAUCGUUCCGUACGCAAGAGAUUGAUGUUGGCGUUCAUCCUCAAUGCUGGUCAGCAAGUCACCGGACAAGGCACGCUCAAUACCUACAGCACGAUCAUCUACAAGAAGGUCUUCAAGAACGCGUCCCAGAUCGCAUUGAUCAAUGCUCUGAACGCGACCAUGGGUAUUAUAUUCACUGCGAAUGCGACUUGGACCGUUGAUAGGUUCGGCCGGAAGUUCCUGCUGAUCAUCGGCGCCAUUGGCAUGGGAAUCUGCAUGAUCAUAGUCGCCGCCGUCGAGACCGAGACACCGGUGCUAGCUGAUGGAGCAAAGUCUAAGCCUGUUGGCAUCGCGAUCGUGUUUCUACUCUUCCUGUUCAUCUUCUUCUACAAGCCAUCUUGGGGUGCAACGACCUGGAUCUGGACGUCAGAGGUCUUUUCCAUGAACGUACGUGCCCAGGCUGUGGGCAUGGCAUCCCAGACUCAGAACGUCGCCAACGCAAUCGUCCAGCAAUUCUUCCCGACGUUCUUGAAUAACUGCGGCUUCUAUGCAUUCUACAUGUUCGCCGGUAUCAACUUCCUUCUCGCAGCAUUUGUGUUCUUCUGCAUACCCGAAACGAAGCAGGUUUCACUGGAAGAAAUGGAUACUAGAUUCGGGGGCCAGAACCAUGUCGAAAAGGGUGGUGAUAUACUGGGUGUUGACGACGCGCACCAUGCAGACCUCGAUCAGAUCAUGGGCAAAGUCAGCAACAAGCAGUCUGCUAUACGGCAUCGCGAGGUUUCGGAAUGA